CGGUUCGUUGGUUCCUGAUUGUGUGACAUCAUGCGCCAGCUAUUGAUAGCGCAUGGGUAGAGGUUUCGCAUUUGGGUCCUCGAGUAAACUGUGCCCGAAAUAAGAACCUCAGGGGCGAUAACUUCAUGUUUUAAUAGCUCUAUGUAACUUCAUGUUUUAAUUUAUUAUUCCUGAAAGAAGUCGAUGGUCAAAGAACUGAUCAUGGAAAAAGAACCUAACGUUAAUAAAGCAGAGCAAGUUUUGAUUCUAGAACCUGCUACAGAGCUUCAUUUUGUAGGUCCAUUUACGGAUGUAGUCACUUCAACUCUCAAAUUGGUGAACCCUCUAGAUCGUCGUGUAUGUUUUAAAGUGAAAACCACAGCUCCAAAAAAGUAUUGUGUUCGCCCAAAUAGUGGAGUUUUAAAACCUAAACAAGUAAUAAAUGUUGCUGUUAUGCUACAACCAUUUGAUUAUAAUCCAAAUGAAAAAAAUAAACACAAAUUUAUGGUCCAGACAAUGAUUGUUCCGGAUGGAGAUGUAAACAUAGAUAAUUUAUGGCAAAAUCCUCCACCUGAAAGCCUUAUGGAUUCCAAACUAAGAUGUGUCUUUGAUAUGCCUGAAGAAACUGUCAAAAAUAAUAAUUUAGACACAAAUGCAGUUCAGGGAGAAGACAAAACAGCUGUUAGUAAAGUUGUGACUGAGCCAACUGUCAAAACAUUUCCAAAGGCUUCAAAUAUUGAAUCAGAGCUAAAAAAAAUUUAUGAUGAAAACAAGACCCUUAAAAAAGAAAUUGAACUUUUAAACCGAGAGAAUGAACAGUUGAGAGCGGAAGAGCAGAGGCUAAGGCAGCGUGGGAACCCAAAGAGCGAUGCAGGUUCACAGCUCAGGGCCCACCACCUGGGGGGCUCCAAAGAUGCGCCAUCAAAGCCCCACUUCGACGACAGGCUGCAGGAGCAGCCCCAGUCUCCGAUGCUCUACCUGGCAGUCAUGCUCACCAUAGGCCUAGUGGGCAUCUUUAUCGGGAAAUUCGUCGUUUAGGACCGACUGUCUCGCACCUCCCCAUGUUCUUUUCUCGUUUUUGAAGCUACUGGUUUGUUUGAAGAAGUAGAAAAAAAAAAAGAGUUGCCUGAAUGCAAUCAUAACAUUUUUUGAAUUUUUUAGAACGCCAGGAUUAUAUACAUAAAUAGAAACAAACAAUGGGCAACGACAUCUCUAUAUAUAUAUGGCUUUUCAUUUUUACUAGGAUAUUUUGCAAAUGCAUGGUAUUUGGGUUGGCAAAAAACUUUUUUACGAAUCCAUCGGAGCGAUUCACGAGCCGGAGACUUUUCGACGGAAGCGAAUAUCCUUGUUUGCGAGUAGAGGUAUGUUGUUCGAAAAUGGAAACCUUUAAAAUGUAUUUGAAUUUUAAAUAUCAAAGUACAAAUAUAAAAGCUAAUAAAUAUUGAAAAGCUACUAUUAAAUGGUUCUGGAAAUUUUUAAACUUGAAAACUUUAAUUGUUAUGUUCAUUGCUAUUUUGUGCUUGAGUUGACAUUGUGAAUUUUAAAAUGAAACGACUUAAAACCUCGCCCCAAUUUUAAUUGAUGUAUAAUUUGUCCCAAGAGUGCAGCGUGAGAAGCUGAAUGUUUGAUACUUUUAAAAUUAUUUAUGAAAUGAAAACAAUCCAGUGAUGGCUUACAGUAUUGUAUUCUAUUCCCAGAUUAACUAUGUCAGUGUUACAACUCCAAGUAAUAAAUUUGUUAUUGAAUACUGGA